CACAACUUUUGCAGUUGUCGAUACUUGCGUGCGAGGACAUCCUGCUCCUUUUCUUUCUCUUGUACUUAUCUGCUGUCUGGUUUAUGAUCUGUCUUCAUACGAAUUGCUAUGCCUUUCCCAUUUACAUUCAGUUUUCGCGUACCGGGUCUUCACAAUCCGUUUACCACUCAACCGGCAGUAAAACCGUCCCGGAAUGAUAGGAAAGAUGCACUGCUUGAUCCUAGUAUUUCUCGACGUAAUCGUGCCUUGCCUCCUCCCCGCCGCACAUCACCAUCUCCAUCUCCAUCACUAUCACCAUCUGUACCACUAAACCGCAAGCGCGGUUGGAUCCCUUCUAUCCCUGAACCCAGCCAAGCUGCCACAAGCGCCGCAUCUACUCGCGGUUAUCUCGACACGCCCGCCAAGUACAGGGAUAUGGUGCAUGAAGCACCUGAGCAGGAAUUUGUUGAAGAUAUGUUUACAGAAUUACCACCCGCUAAGCGGCGUCGCACUCUCGCUGGUUCGAUCGUGUCUACAGCGUUGAGCGCUGCUCUUAUCGGGACUGCUGUUGGUCUCACUGUAUAUCGCCUCUGGCGGGACCGAGGCAAGGAACAAGAACGAAUACAACCACAACCACUACCACCACCAUACCACCCGGGUGACUGGGUCCCCGAACAACAUAUUCAAGUUACCCCUCCUACUCCAAAAUCGCGCAAACCUCGUCCAACACCUUCCUCUGUUCGUCGCUCCGGCACACGAAACCGCAGAAUGCGAAAUCGCGGUCGACCGGUUACCCCGUCGCGUAGUGUCUCUCCUGCCCUCAUGGGUCAUCUAUCCCCAGAAUUUGAUUUCGUUCAUGUAAACCAAGAUGAGGAUGAACCUGAGGCUGAGGCCGACGAAAUGGACUGGAUCGGCGACAGACUAUCUAAGCUGAUACAAGAAGGGCACAGAGCUCUCAACACAGAGGUUGUGGUCAUGAGUGAAGCGAAGGAGGAUGAGGUGGAUGAUGGCUCAGGUGACUGGGAGGAAGAGCAACCUGUCACAGGUCCGUCUAUUUCUAGGCAUGGUUCCUUCCGCCGGACGCAUCGGCCUCGUGACAUCCAACCUCCCUCCUAUUCGACCUUCACUUCACCAUCUUCUCCGGACUCGUUAUCUAGGAAGCGCAAGUUUAUUGGCGAAACUAUGCACGUUUCGCCUAAUCGCCAGGAUUUUUCGAGGUUGCCAGUACCCAGUACACCUCGUCCGAUCGCUCGCGAAUCUUCGAUGAAUAUUGAUGCCUGCGCUACUAUCACAAGCAGCUUCAAAGAGGAUAUGAGCGCCUGGGAGAGUCCAGAGCUUAGAGAAUCAAUGGAGAGGGCCAGAGCACAAUACCUACAGAGACGGAUGGGCGGAUCAUGAUGGAUAUUUUCUGAUACAUACAUAUUACUUACUUGUAACUUACUGACACCACUUCUCGCUGGCUGGCACUAUCCCUUCAUGUGACAUAUUUAGCGUUGUCUGGUUGAGUACAUGCUGUAUCAUCAAUAUUAGAAUGGUUAUUCCCACUGCUGCUGUA